UUAUAAUGAAAAUCAUAAAAUUGCAUUAAACAACGGAGUUAAAUUACAUGACGAGUUUCUCUCUCUUUUUUUUCUUUAUCAUGAAUACAUCCUUGGACCAAAAUAAAGACCAACAAAUAGCAGCUAUUUUAGUUGUUGGAUUUCAUCAUGCAUUUGGCCCUAUCGUUGAGUUUUGUGUGCCUCCUCUUCCUCACCAAGAGACAAAGCAUACUCUAGAGAAACUAGACUUGCCUGAAGAGUGGAGUUUUUUACCUUUUCUUGCCUUACCAGACGGUGCCCAUCAAAAAGACGAAGAUUUUGCUUAUUUUCACUUACCACCUGUACCAGGUUGGUCUGUUGCAGAAACGACAUUGUUUGGGAUUUCUUGUAAUCGACAGAUUGCAGCCAAAGAUUUAGAAGUCAAGACACCUGAUAUUACUCGAUCCAUCGUCCAAAAAGCAGUGGUUGUAUUAGCGAGACAACCUAUCUUUGGACCCCUUCGACAAAAACUAGCAGUGAUUACAGCUGCUUGGUUCAAUCAAAAGGACUUUACUAAGCUUGAAAUACUCUAUAAUUUAUACAAUAAUCUCAAUAGUACUUUUUAUGGUCCCAUUGAUGAUUCUACUCUGUAUAUGGGUACUUCAUUACGCGAAUUAGUCUACAAGUUCAAAUCAAAGACACUCAUGUUACUUAAGCUAUUAUUGCUUGAAAAAAGGUUAUUGUUUUAUGGAUAUCCAGUAGAAAGACUAUGCACUUUUCAAUAUUCGCUUAUUUCACUGAUACCAGGUCUAUUAAGAAACCUACAAGAUUCAGGUGCACCUGUACUCGAUACAUCUGAUAUAAACAUCAAGACAACAGAAGCCAAAGUCUUGUCGGAUGGAAGCAAAGAGAGUUUGUUGAAAUAUAUGGGACUGCCUCUUCAUUUGUUUGAAAAAGGUUCCUUUUUCCAGCCUUAUUUGCCCCUUCAACAGAUAGACAUGCUUUCUUCUGAACAGACUACCUCGUAUGUUGUUGGCACAACCAAUCAAAUAUUCUUCCAUCAUAAGAGUGAUACCAAGAUUGAUGUCCUAGUGAAUGUAGAGACAGGCACAUUGGAAUUUUACAAUCAACAGUUGGUGUCCUUGGUCAGUCCAACAUUGGCAGAUAGAAGAUGGAUGGAGAAUAUUGUCAAAGUAGUGAAUGAUACCUGGAAUCAAAAUGGGCGUCCAUUGCAGAACACGUAUCUUGGAUCUGAUGAUUAUUUGCGAGCCAGAUUUGAAGAAUACGUAUUGUCUUUAUUGUCCAGUGUGAAGCAUGCACAGGCACAUAAUAUGCUGGACCAUGUUCAAGAGCUAGAGAGUACGGAGCAAGUCAUGACAGAUGAAGCAGAAGAACACAACUAUCUAAGUGAUUAUGGUAUGAAAUGGCUUAUGGUUUGGUGGGACACAAAUAAUUUCAAGAAAUGGAAUCAAUACACAGAUCAUGAAAUAUAUGAAAUUGUAGAACCAGGGUAAACAAAGCAAUCAACACAUAAGCUGCGGCUGACUCUU